AUGGAUGCGAUAUUAGAUUUCUCAACUGAUUUGGAUAUCAAUUUAUUUGAUCAAACGGUUGAUACAUUUUUCAAAGGAUCAGGCAAUGAUCAAAAGAAUGCCCAAUUGGUUUUGAACAAAUUUCAAGAACAUCCUGACUCUUGGAAAUUUGCCGAUAAGAUUUUAUCAAACUCAAAUAAUGCUCAAUCCAAAUAUAUUGCCUUAUCAUCUUUAAACAAAUUGAUACAAUAUCGUUGGAAAACUAUACCUGAUAAUGAAAGAAUUGGUAUUAGAAAUUUUAUUGUCAAUAUGAUUAUUAGUCUUUGCGACAAUGAGCAAGAAUUUGAAACUCAAAGAGCUUUGAUUAAUAAGAUUGAUUUGACAUUAGUUUCUGUUUUAAAACAAGAAUGGCCUCACAAUUGGCCUGAAUUUAUUCCAGAAAUUGUUAUGAGUUCUAGGUCAUCGUAUAAUGUUUGUGAAAACAAUAUGAUUAUUCUUAAGUUGUUAAGUGAAGAAGUUUUUGAUUAUUCUCAAGAUCAAUUAACUCAAGCCAAGGCUCAACAAUUGAAGGUCAGUAUGAAAAAUGAAUUUGAAAAAAUUUUCACUUUGUGUUAUGAAGUAUUGGAUAAAACAACUAAAUCGUCAUUGAUUAUUGCCACGUUGAAUGCAUUAUUGAAAUACAUACAAUGGAUCCCUUCCGAAUAUAUAUACCAAACAGAUUUAUUGAAUCUUUUAUCAACUAAAUUUUUAGCUCCACCAGAUACCAGAGCAAUUUCAAUGAAAUGUUUAACAGAGGUUUCUUCAUUACCCGCUCAUAAUGAAAAGACUUUAAUUUAUUUCAAAAACACUUUGGAACAAAUUUAUUCUAUAGUCCCCAUCACGACUAAUUUGAAACAAUCAUACAAAGUCGCUUCAUCCAGUGAUCAAUCAUUUUUACAAGAUUUAGCCAUGUUCUUGUGUACAUUUUUGUCGAAUAAUUUAGAAUUGUUAGAGAAGCACAAGGAGGCAGGGGAAUUAUUACAAAAUUCAUUGUACUAUUUAUUAGAACUUUCCCGGAUUGAGGAACGUGAAUUGUUCAAGACUUGUUUAGAUUUCUGGUCCACGUUUGUUUAUGGAUUAUUUAAAGAAAUUAGAGAUUUACCGUCCAAUGAAUUAACCCCAAUGAUGCAAUUGGCCUAUGGUAAUAGUUUGAGACCAACAUCUUCUGGUGGUGCUCCUGAUCCAGCUCUUUUACAAAAAUUCCCCUUGAGACAACAUCAAUAUGCGGAAAUAUUAUCUAAAUUGAGAUUGGUUAUUAUUGAAAAUAUGGCCCGACCAGAAGAAGUUUUAAUUGUUGAAAAUGAUGAAGGGGAAAUUGUUCGUGAAUUUGUUAAAGAGAGUGAUACCAUUCAAUUAUAUAAAUCCAUGAGAGAGGUGUUGGUUUAUCUUACUCAUUUGAAUGUUAUUGAUACCGAACAAAUUAUGAUUGAAAAAUUGGCAAGACAAAUUGAUGAAAGUGAAUGGUCAUGGCAAAAUAUUAAUACUUUAUGUUGGGCUAUAGGAUCUAUAUCUGGGGCCAUGAAUGAAGAUAUGGAAAAAAGAUUUUUGGUUUCGGUUAUUAAAGAUUUGUUAUCGUUGACAGAAAUGAAACGUGGUAAAGAUAAUAAAGCUGUGGUUGCGUCAAACAUCAUGUAUAUUGUUGGACAAUACCCAAGAUUUUUGAAAGCUCAUUGGAAAUUUUUGAAAACUGUUGUGAAUAAAUUGUUUGAAUUUAUGCAUGAAACCCACGAGGGGGUUCAAGAUAUGGCUUGUGAUACUUUUAUUAAGAUUACCCACAAAUGUAAGAAACAUUUUGUUGCUGUGCAAGCAAAUGAGACAGAACCAUUUAUCAAUGAAAUUAUUAGAGAAAUCCAACAGAUUACUGAAGAUUUACAACCACAACAAGUGCACACAUUCUAUGAAGCAUGUGGGAUUAUUGUUAGUGCUGAAUAUAAUAAAGCUGCUCGUGAUAAAUUGUUGAGUGAAUUGAUGGCAUUACCUAACAUGGCCUGGACAGCAAUAAUUCAACAAGCAGGACAAGAUCCUGAGUUAUUAAGUAAUACUGAAACUGUCAAAAUCAUUGCCAAUAUUAUCAAAACCAAUGUUGCUGUAUGUAAAGCUUUAGGUCCAGGGUUUUAUUCACAAUUGGGUGGAUUAUAUGUUGAUAUGUUAUCAUUAUAUAAAGCUGUUUCACAAAUGAUUUCUGAUGCUGUUGCCAAAGAUGGAAUAAUUGCCACCAAGACCCCUAAAGUGAGAGGAUUAAGAACCAUUAAAAAAGAAAUUUUGAAAAUGAUUGAAACUUAUAUUAAUCAAGCUGAUAAUUUACAAGAAAUUGUUCGUGAUUUGGUGCAACCAUUAUUUGGAGCAGUCUUGGAAGAUUAUAGUUCCAACGUUCCUGAUGCUAGAGAUGCUGAAGUAUUAAGAUGUUUGACGGCAUUGGUUUCCAAAGCGGGUCAUUUAAUCCCUGAUGGAGUGGUUUUAAUUUUACAAAAUGUGUUUGAAUGUACUUUGGAUAUGAUCAAAAAUGAUUUUGUUGAAUAUCCUGAACAUCGAGUUGAAUUUUAUAAAUUAUUAAAAGAAAUCAAUGCCAAAUCAUUCCAAGGGUUACUACAAUUAUCUGGAGAGGCAUUCCAAUCAUUGAUUAAUGCUGCAUUAUGGGCUUUUAAACAUAAUAAUAGAGAGGUAGAAGACAAUGGAUUAUCAUUGACUUUAGAAUUGAUUGAGAAUGUUGAGAAAUUAGGUGACACUCCAUUCACAAAGGCAUUUUAUGAGAAUUUUUAUUUCCAAAUAUUAUCUGAUACAUUAUAUGUUUUCACUCAACCUGAUCAUAAAUCCGGCUUUAGAUAUCAAGCACAAUUAUUAGCUCAAUUGAUUCAUUUGGUUCAAGAUAAUGUUAUAAAAUAUCCAUUAUAUACUUCAGAUCAAGCUCCCGAGGGGACUUCUAAUUCAGAUUUCCUUAAACAAUAUUUAUCACAAUUAUUAUCAUCAGCAUUUGAUAAUUUACAAGAAGUACAAUUAAUUAAUUUCCUUAAAGUAUUGACAACAGUUUAUAAUGAUUUGUUCAAAUUCAAAUCGGUUUUGAGAGAUUUCUUGGUGCAAUUGAAAGAAUUUGGUGGAGACCCAACUGAUUAUUUGUUUGCUGAAGAUAAACAAAUAGAAAGAGAAGAACAAGAUAGAUUACAAAGAGAACGAGACAUGCAAGUAGGUGGGUUAAUUAGACCUUCUGAAAUGGAUGAUGAAUAG